UCCGCCAUCUUGGCGCCUCCUCAGUGCAGGAGCCGGAGCGGGCUCGGCCGGCCGGAGCGGCUCCUCCUUCGCGGUGGAGCGAACCACUGCAGGGACGGGCAGGAGGGGCAGCUAGCGGGGCGGCCGGCACCAUUGUGGGGAGAGCAAGAAGCGAACGGGCCGGACCGAGCUGGCGGGGGCGGACGGCUCCAUCGGGCGGAGGGUGUAGGGGUUCGGGCGGAACCACUGUUUGGGGGUGAGGGGGUGUGUGUAACGGGCCGGGGCGGAACCAUGCGGAGGCGCUGCUAGGGAAGGGGGAGGGGGGCGGAUCCGCCAUGGCCUCGAACUGCGCGGGGGGCUCGUCGGCGGGGGGCGCCGGGGCGGCGCUGGGGGCCGCGCUCAGCGCCAGCAAGACCAAGACCAAGAAGAAGCACUUCGUGUGUCAGAAGGUGAAGCUGUUCCGGGCCUCGGAGCCGCUGCUCAGCGUCCUCAUGUGGGGGGCCAACCACACGAUCAAUGAACUAAGCAAUGUUCCUGUCCCUGUCAUGUUAAUGCCAGAUGACUUUAAAGCCUACAGUAAGAUUAAGGUGGACAAUCAUCUUUUCAACAAGGAAAACUUGCCAAGCCGUUUUAAAUUUAAGGAGUACUGCCCGAUGGUGUUCCGAAACCUCCGCGAACGAUUUGGGAUUGACGAUCAAGAUUAUCAGAACUCUGUAACACGAAGCGCUCCAGUGAACAGCGACAGCCAAGGUCGAUGCGGGGCCCGUUUCCUGACCACCUAUGACAGGAGGUUUGUCAUUAAGGCAGUGUCGAGUGAAGAUGUAGCAGAGAUGCACAACAUACUAAAGAAGUACCAUCAGUUUAUAGUGGAAUGCCAUGGGAACACCCUUCUCCCACAGUUCCUAGGCAUGUACAGACUCACCGUGGAUGGAGUGGAAACCUACAUGGUAGUCACCAGGAACGUAUUUAGUCACAGGUUGACUGUGCAUCGGAAGUAUGAUCUGAAGGGCUCAACAGUCUCCAGGGAAGCAAGUGACAAAGAAAAGGCCAAGGAUUUGCCAACGUUCAAAGACAAUGACUUCUUGAAUGAAGGCCAGAAGCUCCACGUUGGAGAAGAGAGUAAAAAGAACUUCCUCGAAAAGCUAAAGCGGGACGUGGAGUUUUUAGCUCAGCUGAAGAUCAUGGACUACAGCCUGCUGGUGGGCAUUCACGAUGUUGACCGGGCAGAGCAGGAGGAGAUGGACGUGGAGGAUCGGGCCGAGGACGAGGAGUGUGAGAACGAUGGCAUUGGCGGGAACCCUAUUGGCUCUUACGGGACCCCACCUGACAGCCCCGGCAACCUCCUCAACUUCCCGCGGUUCUUCGGGCCUGGAGAGUUUGACCCUUCAGUCGACGUGUAUGCCAUGAAAAGCCAUGACAGUGCCCCUAAGAAGGAGGUAUAUUUCAUGGCCAUUAUAGACAUUCUUACGCCGUACGAUGCAAAGAAGAAAGCUGCACAUGCUGCCAAAACAGUGAAACAUGGGGCUGGGGCAGAGAUCUCCACGGUGAAUCCGGAGCAGUACUCUAAACGCUUCAAUGAAUUUAUGUCCAAUAUCCUGACAUAGUCACCUUCUACCUUGAGCCAGAAAGGAAGAGAUGAGGGGCUACUUCCGAGCAGAGAACGCGGCCUGACACACUAAAACAGACACUGUAGCACGUGGGGGAUGAGUGAGUGUGAGCGUGUGGCACUGUAUGAUUUACAGGAAACUAAUCUAGGUGCAGUCUCAAAUAUUCCACUUGACCCAGGUGGAAAAGUGGCUUUUUUCCUUUUGUUACAGAAAUGCCCAAAUAGAGAUUUGAGGCUUUUUUUAAAAAAGAGUAUCUAAUUGCUGCAGCACUGCUGUUCAUAAUGACACUUUCUCCUCUCUGAUCAAGAGACGCCAGUAAGGAUACCACGAAUAGCUGUUUAAAAGGGGGAGCUGUAACCCGUAGCUUGUGUUAAAUAAGAGGAGAAGCAAUGCCUAAUUCCACAAACUGCUGUUCUUUUUAAUGGACAGGGUUUUUUUUAACAGGAAGCCGUACAAACCCUUUUAUUUCCUUCUCGGUCGGAGGCGGGGGGGGGAGAGUAGUCUGCCGUUUUGAGGAUGAAAAUGUUGAGGAGCUGCUGAACCUUAACUAGGUAAACUCAGGCUGGGCACCUUUUUUGCGGGGGCGUUAAAAAAUUUCUUAAGAAAUUAACGUCACAAGGAAGACGAGGGAAAUGAGCAUCUACCAAAGAUGGUCACUUAAGGCAUAACUCAUAGAAGCUAAAAAGUAGAAUGAAAAAUACUGGAUAGUCACACAACCAUUGUGCUUAAGAUAGGCCUGGGAAGACUCCACUGAAGAAGAAAAUGUUAACUUCUUCUGUGGGUUUGGGGUUACAUUUGGCUGUCUAGAAAAAGUGACAAUUGUUAAAUCUAAAAUAGAGCUGACGCAGGACAGUUCUGCCAGUGUUAAUCUAGCUAACGUUCAGAGUCUUCCUAACUCGUCCAGUUCUGUUACAAGUACUUGAAUUCUUGCCUGAGAAGAGGUUUAAAAAACCAGCCCACCCAACAUGAAGUGCAGCUUGAGAAAUGUAAAUUGCUGUCAGUCUGCAGUGUUGGGAGUUGUGACUGUAACAAGUUGGAUGUGUGUCCGGUUCCACUGCUCAACACAAAGGACUCCGAACUUGAGUUGUAAUUGUCUACGCUCCGCUCUGCUCCAGGUCCAUAACUCUAGCUGGUAGAGUGAGUCAAUGGGCAUAAAUGACUGAACACUGACUCCAGAUAUUUUUCCCCGUAAGAAAUUUGAAUUAUGUCCUAUUUGUCUCCAGAACGCUUGUCGUAUUUUUCACAGCCAAGCUUGUCGAAGUUGCUGUAAGUUUAAUUACUUCUGCUGCAGAACAGGUCUGUGUAUUUUUUUUAAGCAGGAUUUAGCCGUUUUGAAGAGACCCUGCAGUUGACAUAAGUUGCUUAUCUGCCUUGAAACUGUUUUCACAAAUGCCUUUGUUUCAGGAAUAAGCUGUUAGAAUGUGUGUGUCCUGUGCUAGUUUGCUCUGUCGAUUUGGUCCUGUUGAGAGAGAAUCGGUGGUACUCAUCGUGUCUUGGUAACUAACUAGACUAAUGCUAGCUGUGAUUAGAUUCUGAAUGUGGGAUGACUAUUUUAAUCCACGUUCCUGACGUAAUUCCGCUGCCCUCAGCAUAGGGGAAUGACGGGAUUUGUCAAGACUGAAAACUAGGCUUAGAAGAGUACAUUGUAAAUAGUGUUUAAAAAAGGUCUAAAACAAAUCAUUGGUUUUAAUGGGACAUGAAACUUUUUGUUCAUUCAUGGGUCAUUCCCUUUGAUGGGGGACAAAUUUUUUUAUGCCAUUGUAAUCCAUUGUCUUGUUUUUGUGUAAAUUUGGGGAACUAACAUGCUAUUGUCUGGCACCCUGGUAAGAUUCUCGCACGUCUUAGGGUGUUUGGCUAACAAUACCACAAAUCAAAGAGAAAACGUAGAGGGGUGAAGGAGGAUAUUGGUUGCUUUCCUCUAAACAAAAUGUCAUCCGUGAAAUAGGAAUUAAAUACCAUUCGCGUUAUACUCUUGACAGUUUAAAAAGUCCUGAACCUACAAUUUUGGCCUGGUAAGUUUGCCAUUCUCCUUGUGGGAAAUUAGUUGAAACUUUAGUACGCUAGACUUAAAUAUGCAAUUUUUUUUGUAAUUACGGUAAAUAGGGAAGUAAACUGCAGCCAUUCUGCAGUGGUAUAUUUUAAGUGGGCAACCCAAGGACAGUCAAAGGAAGAAGUUUAUGUAAUUUGGAGCAAAAAACUGAUUCGCUGGAACUUGGUAAACAGCUGAAAUCAAAACGAGUAGUUCCUGCAGCCAAUGUUACAAAACACAUGACGCUAAGGAUUUAAGACCUUGUGAUUUCUUUUCCCAUUCUAGAUAGGGAGCAAAGAAUCCUCUAUUAGACCCCAUUUGGUUGUCUCAAUGCCUCAAGUGGUAUAAAAGCCCUAAAAAUAUCUAUUCACUUCAGCACUUACCCAUUUUGCCAUUUUUGUUGCCAUACUGUGUGUAUAUAUAUAAAAAACUAAAUGCAAUUUUAUCAUUUAAAGAUGUAUUACCCAGGUAUAACUUUGUUUAACAUAAGCAGUUUGUAUAUUGUUUACAUUUUGAGAGGUAGCAUUAUGUUAAAAAUGCUAAUUUUGUUUCUAGACAGUAUUUUUUUUGUUACUCUAAGAGGUGAAGCUGCAAAUAUUUGAUUUGUUUUUAAAAGGGACUUUUGCUUUUGUUUUUAAUCUUGAUAUAGAAUCUUUAUUCUCUUGAGUUCAAAUAUUUAAACACCCUGCACCCCCCCCCCCCCCCCCCCCCCCGAUUUUUUACAACUGCCUGUAAUAGCUUUAUCUAGUUUCAGUCUGACUGUGUUCUAGGUUGCUGAAUGUAGAUAUACUUCUGCCUGUAGCAUGUGCCCUCCCAGAUCCCGUUACACUGAAGUGCAUUGCAAUUAAAACCAUAGCUCACAUGGAAAAAGAUGCAGUCUUUAGAGCUGUAGAAUAAACUCUUAAUAGCAGAUCACUUAAGAGACUCCAGCCAAAUGGCAGGAAAGUCUCUUUGCUAACAUGCUAGGCAAAAAGGAAAAAAAGCUAGUGUGGAGCUGGAAGAUAGGGAAUGUUCUCCCUUCCAGCACACACCCCACUAACUUUAGGAAAAAUUAAUCAGGGCAGGAGCAUCUCUCUCUUUCUCUCUCGCUGCACUGGGCCUAACCCUACCUGGCCACUCUCUGGUUUCUUUCACUUACAGACUGAUUGUCUGUCCUUGUCAUUCACCUAUAAGAGCGGCAAGCAGGGGAGGUUACGGAAUUAUCUUUGAGAAGACGUGUAUGAUUCUGUUUCCUCCCUCUAUCAAGUUUUUUAUACUUAUCCCUUAAUACAGUGCCUCUAAUGAUGCCCUAGUUUUAAUUGUAGUCUCUUUAGCUAAUUAUGAAGCUCUGGGGGGUGGGAGUGUACUUAAAAAAAAAAAAAAAAAAAAAAAAGUCAGUGGUGUUUGACUUAAUCCCUGAAGAGUCAAAUGGCCUUGGAAUUUUCAGCUAAGAAUACUGGAUAGGACCAAGGAUGUUAUGAAAAUAUUCAAGAUGCUGCCAGUUGUUUAAAUAGGAGAUGGCAUGCAAUUUUCUUUAUGUAAAACAAUGCACUUUUGAGGUGGAUACAGACUUUACAGCAUGAUGAAGGGCCUGCUCUUCCACUUCCAGGAAAUCUAACUUCAGAUUUAAUUUUUACUGUCAGUAAAAAUUAAGUGUGUUUUUAAUAAUGAGGGGUGCUUGCUAUUUGCCCACCUAGGCAAAGAAUGACUGUUUUUCCUGCCAGUGGCUAUCAAAACUGCCUUCAACUUCAAAUCAGUGUUCUAACCCCAGGUGAAACCAGAGGCAUAAAAUUGUAGUGAGACUAAUUAUGGAGAAAAGUCUUUCACCGGGUGAAUUAUAUUCUGGCCCAAACCUGUGAAGGACUCCCUAUCCUAUACUUACUGUGCAGAGGUGUCCCACUUGUUGCUGUAGAAAGGCUGGAGUGUUUUUAAAUGUUAGAUGGUAUAAACAAACAUUUCAAAGGUCAAGGUGUGUGCAACUUUGGUUGCACCAUCCUACAACUAAUUCAAGACAUUGUUAUUGUAACAAUAAUUUGAAAACAAAUUACAAUACUCUCCCCUCCUGCUUUUUAAUGCACCAUUUCCAACUUGCCUACCUGUCCUCCUUGCUGAGCUUAUUUGCCAGCAUCCAUGAUAUUAGCCAUGACUGACUUUCCUUGACAUGUAUAAUGAAUUCUUGUGAUUCAAGUGGUUUAAGUUGACCACUCAGAUCUUGUGCUGUUCUUUGUUUAGAUGUAUGAUACUAAAUGCAAUUGGAUUGAGCUGUGUUAAAUGAGCCUAUUACACACAGAUCAGUGGUGGGGCUAAUCAGUGCAACUGAAAAAAUGUGAAUAAAUUAAGUUUAAUCUAAAACUUAGAAAAAUGGAGCAUUCUAGAUUUUCACUGCUGUUUGUUUUUUUUAAAUAGGAAUUAAGUCCUCUGUGCUUGUCUGUUUGCUAGGAGCAAUUUGAGAAACUUACUGUUUUGAAAUGCAUGCAUGUUACAAGAUGAGUCUCAGCCAGAAAAAAAAUAAAAUUAAAAGUUUGUGUA